UUUUUCUUUUUUCUUCGUCUUGGUGUCGUCUAGUAGUAAACAGUUCAAGAAAAAUCCACCCCCAGUACUUCUUCGUCGUCGUCAAGAUCAAAUUACGCCCAAAAUCGCCUCUUUUUCCUUAAAAUAGUUUAAAAAACCCUAAAUUAUUAAAAAAAAGUUCAAAUUCAAUUGAAUCAAAGUUAUGCCUUCCCGUCGUAGAACUCUCUUGAAGGUCAUUAUCCUCGGUGACAGCGGGGUGGGAAAGACCUCGUUGAUGAAUCAAUAUGUAAAUAAGAAGUUUAGCAACCAAUACAAGGCAACAAUUGGAGCUGAUUUCUUGACCAAGGAAGUGCAGUUUGAAGAUAGGCUCUUCACUUUACAGAUCUGGGAUACAGCAGGGCAGGAAAGAUUUCAGAGUCUCGGUGUUGCUUUCUAUCGGGGCGCUGAUUGCUGUGUUCUUGUAUAUGAUGUUAAUUCAAUGAAGUCAUUUGAUAACCUUAACAAUUGGAGAGAAGAAUUUCUUAUUCAGGCAAGUCCUUCAGAUCCAGAGAAUUUCCCAUUUGUUGUUCUUGGGAAUAAGGUUGAUGUGGAUGGUGGAAAUAGUAGAGUGGUGUCGGAAAAAAAGGCUAGAGCUUGGUGUGCAUCAAAAGGGAAUAUUCCAUACUUUGAAACCUCUGCCAAAGAAGGCAUUAAUGUGGAAGAAGCUUUCCAAUGCAUAGCAAAGAAUGCCCUGAAGAGUGGGGAAGAGGAAGAAAUAUAUUUGCCUGACACCAUUGAUGUUGGAAGCAGCAGUCAGGCUAGGUCAACUGGAUGUGAGUGCUAAUUUUUGGGUUGAUUCCUCAGCAUCAAAAAAUGGACCCCUACUCAAGUUUAUAAAGUAUUUAAUCUCUUUCCGAGCCAUUUAUAUUGGCAUGUAUGAAGCCUAUAUACUGUACAUUAGUGUCUGCAGGACGCAAAAAUUGGUCAAUUGGUGCCAGUUAUAGGUGCCUCGUCUAAAACUGUUUUGAUUUGUUGAUUUGUCCAGGUUGUGUUUGAUUUCUUCAUUCGGAUCUCAUUUAUAGUUCAUUAGUCCUGUUGCUACAAAUAAUUUUUUUUUUGCCGUUUCUUUCAAUUAUGAAGAUGUUUGAGUA